GACUAAAUCGUCUAAACCAAUUUUAAUCAAAAUCAAAACCAAAUUAAACAUGUCUAAAAAAAUUAAGAUUAUGAGUUAAAAUUGGAAAAGGGUUCGAAAACAACAACAGAAAAAAAAAAAAAAAAAACAAAGAAUCAACAAUGGAAGCAAUAGCAGAAGGACUAUGGGGAUUAGCAGAUUAUCACGAAACCAAAGGCGAAAUCGCAAAAGCAGUAAAAUGCUUAGAAGCAAUCUGUCAAAGUUCAGUUUCUUUCUUCCCAAUCGUCGAAGUCAAAACUCGUCUUCGAAUCGCAACAAUCCUUCUUCAUUAUUCUCACAACUCUAAUCACGCUAAAUCACAUCUUGAACGUUCCCAAUUGCUUUUGAAGUCUAUACCUUCAUGUUUUGAAUUGAAGUGUAGAGCUUAUAGUUUGUUGAGUCAGUGUUAUCAUCUUAUUGGAGCUAUUCAACCUCAGAAACAAGUGUUGUUUAAGGGUCUUCAUCUUGCUGCUUCUGUUGGAAAUGAGAUUUCAACAAAGUUGUGGUCUUGCAACUUCAAUUCACAGCUUGCAAAUGCUUUGACAGUUGAAGGAGACUACCGGGGUGCAUUCUCCGCAUUAGAAUGUGGAUAUAUCUGUGCUACUGAAGUACGCUAUCCAGAGUUGCAGAUGUUCUUUGCCACUUCAAUAUUGCAUGUCCACCUCAUGCAAUGGGAUGAUAAUAAUUUGGUUGAGCAAGCUGUUAAUAAAUGCAAUGAGAUUUGGGAGUCAAUUCAGCCAGAUAAAAGACGACAAUGCCCUGGCUUGCUCUUUUAUAAUGAGUUACUGCACGUAUUCUAUCGAACGCGACUAUGUGAUUACAAGGAUGCUGCACCCCAUGUAGACAAUCUGGAUGCUGCUGUGAAAGCUGAUAGGAAGCAAACACAACAUAUGCAAGAGCUAGUGAAGGAGCUCAGUGCUUUAGAUCAAAGUCUUUCCAGGAAUGAUCUUCACUACAGGGAAAGGGCAGCACUGUCUGAAAAGCAAGCAAUGAUUCAAGAACAGCUGAGAAACAUGAAUGGGUUCAGUUCAAUUGGGCAGGAAUCUCUUGAACCAGUAUAUUUUGGGAAUAGCAGAAGGACACUGGGAGAUAAGCUUCAGUUAGCACCACCUCCUAUUGAUGGGGAAUGGCUUCCUAAAAGUGCUGUCUAUGCACUAGUUGAUCUGAUAGUUGUUGUAUUUGGGCGCCCAAAAGGACUGUUUAAGGAGUGUGGAAAGCGCAUACAGUCUGGGAUGCGUAUAGUUCAAGAUGAGUUAGCGAAGCUUGGAAUUACUGAUUGUGUCAGAGAAGUGGACUUGCCACCAUCUUCUAUCUAUAUGGCUGGAGUAUACUUGAUGCUACUGAUUCAGUUUCUUGAAAACAAAGUGGCCAUAGAGCUCACACGAGCAGAAUUCAUCGAAGCACAAGAGGCUUUGUUAGAGAUGAAAAAUUGGUUCAUGCGGUUUCCAACUAUAUUACAGUCAUGUGAAUGCAUAAUUGAGAUGCUUAGAGGCCAAUAUGCUCAUUCUGUUGGCUGUUAUAACGAAGCCAUCUUUCAUUAUAUUGAAGCAGUAAAGCUUACAGACAGCAAAUCAAUGCAAGCUAUGUGCCAAACUUAUGCAGCUGUUUCUAAUAUCUGCAUUGGGGAUGCUGAAUCUACUUCGCAGGCACUUGAUUUGAUUUCGCCAGUUUAUGGAGUAAUGGAUUCUUUUGUAGGCGUUAGAGAGAAAACAGGUGUUCUUUUUGCUUAUGGUCUUUUAUUGAUGAAGCAACAGGAUCUACAAGAAGCAAGAAUUCGCUUGGCGAGGGGAUUGCAGCUGACACAUACUUAUUUGGGGAACCUUCAACUUAUUUCCCAAUAUUUGACAACCCUUGGCAGUUUGGCCCUUGUAUUGCGUGACACUGUACAAGCCAGGGAGAUAUUGAGAUCAUCUUUGACCUUGGCAAAGAAGCUUUAUGAUGUUCCUACUCAAGUAUGGGUGCUGUCUGUUUUGACAGCUUUAUAUAAAGAAUUAGGAGAAAAGGGAAACGUAAUGGAGAAUGCUGAGUAUCAGACAAAAAAAUCAGAAGAUUUGCAGAAGAGAUUAGCUGAUGCACAAGCAUCCGUUUGUCACAUCGAAAUAAUUGACAAAGUAAGAUUUGAAGGUAUGCAGCUCCAUGAGUUGGACAUGAAACGUGCAAUGGCAGGUCCAACUGUUGGCAUCAAUCUUGAUAUUCCAGAAUCUAUUGGCCUGUCAACACCUUCACCUUUUCAACCAUCGAUAAGGCUAGUUGAUAUAGAUGGUAAUAGUAGUAGAAGACAUGGAAAACGGAGAAUAUAGUGUUUUCCUCAUGGAAGUGAACCUGGUACAUUAUUGUGAAUUAGUUAUAGGUAAUUACUCCAAGGUGCAAGCAGGUUGACAAGUUUCAUCCAGAAGGUUUCAUGAUGUUACCUCUCGUCAACAAGUUUGUCUUUCAUGCAAAGCAUCUGUUGAAGAUCCUGUACAGUUAAUUUAAGAUGUACUCUGUUACUCCUAGUAUGAUAGACAGUAGAACUCACUGGUUAACAUGUUAACAUAUUAUUAUAACAGAGUUGUUGUAUCAUAAGAGAAAAAAGUAGAAUAGGUUCUAUAAGGUAGUUCAGUUAGAAUUUCUUGUGUUCAAUUCAGCUAUUUAAGCCAUUGUUUUUAGUUAAUAGAUGUCAAUUUGCUUUCUCAUUUAGUGAUGUCAUAUUGGAAAUCAACUGCAAAAGUGUUAAACAAUAGUAUUUGCAUUAUUUCUUUUAGGAAAUUAAUGACUUGUGUAUUCUAAGAGCAUAUGUAAUGGUCUUUCUCAUAGAACUUACUUUGA